AUGGACACGACGGACCCCCAAGAUCAUCUGCUGCAGUCCACAAAGGAAGACAUCAUGACCUUUCUGGAAUGGAUGCUAGACACGCACGGAAAAAUACGCAAAAGAAGCACAGUCCAUGCUUACAAGAGAAUACUCUUCCAAGUGUACCGAAAAUCAGCUGGAGUCGACUUUGACAAACUAGCAAACGAAGAUAUCAACGAUUAUAUUAACGGCUAUUUGACGAUUCGAUACAAUCUCGAUACUUCGGUCAAGGAAAAACCUGUCAUGAAUAUCGACGAUGUCUAUCUUGUUCUACACCACCAUUGGGUGCUCGACACAUCGGUGUUCCCCGAUGAGCGGCAACGCAUUCAACUAGCCCUUCUGAUUCUCAUUCAAGCAUACACAGCGACUCGUCCUAGGGUUCUUGCCUAUAAAAAGCUCAGUGAGAAAGCUAUCGCGGAUCACUACUACGGCAGCGAGAACGGGGAAGAUCAGCCAAAAUAUGCAGAAGAUUGGGAUGCAGAAGAAGAUGAUUUCAAGACCAUUUGCUACAGGGACGUGAAAUUGGUCCUUUUGAAAGAUCCUGAUGGCGGAAGAGACCUUCCGGUCAUGGAGGUGACUCUAAGGUUCACGAAAGGUUGGGAGCGAAGGGAAAACCCAAAAACCUUCAUCUUCUAUGAGGUAGACACGCUCUUAUUUGAUGCAAUUCUUCCAUUUCUUUCUUUGGCACUGUUGGACAAUGCUUUCAAGUCAGACGUUCAAAGUGUAGAAGAUUUCUACAGGAUUAGGGUUCGCGCGCCGCGACACUCGAUAGACUUUGACUGGAAAGACGACAUCAAAGACACCCCAAUCUUUCGGCAGGCAUUGGUAGCUCAUGAGGGAACGAUUCAAACAUCACCCACCGAGGCGCUACACUAUCAUACCUAUCUUUAUUAUCUCCAAAGACUCGGUCUUACCACAGGUUUUAUGCAGAUACUGAAUCCGUACUGCAUUCGACGAGGAUCCGGCGAGGCAGUUGAAGCCGUCGGAACUCAAGCGCAGCUGCAGCAGGUUAUACAGCACAAAGAGGCAGCAACGUACCAGGCCUACAUCAACCAACGUGUGCAGUGUGACACGGUGGCGGCAUUCCUUGGUCAACCCUCAAAUAAGGCCUUGCUAAAAGCAGCAGGCCACAUGAGCCGUUUUGUCGAUCCUCGUGCACCGACACAUGCGAGCACCGUGAAGCUGAACGAAAUUAAGACGGAUACAACGCUUAUCAAGUUCAUUGAACUGCGAGAUUCUCUUAGCUCAGAGGUGCGCCGAGAAUCUGGAACUAUUAAAGAGGCUAAAUCAAAAGGAACUAAGUUAUACUAG